GCGUUGAAGAGGCUGUGAAGGCGCAUCAUAGCCUCAUUGCUGGUCCGCGAGACUGUAAAUUCUCUUAGACAACAGAAACAAUUAUUAGCUACACAGUAUUCAAGGUGAAUAACAGAGCUGAAAAUAAUCUGAAGAAACAAGAAAUUGGGGAAGUGUGUCCAUGCACAUCAAUCAUCAAGAAUGGUAGGUGAAUAAGGCAGAUCAAUGGAAUGCUCAUUUGUUUAAAAGGGCUAAAGGCAGAGGAAAAUUAGCCUAAACAUGUUAAUUUGAUUAUUGAAGUCGGAGUAGAUCCCUACAAGACUUCGAGGCUUUGAAGAGGAGGAACAAACAAAAUAUAUCAAUAGGUUGAAAGACAGACGGAACAUAGUAAACCAUUAAAAGGGAUUACUAUCAUUAGCAACAAGUACAGAACACAUACAGCGACACUUAUUCAUACAUUCCCACGCGUAUCAGUUCAUAUGUCCUUCACUCGCUCUGUCUUACUCAAAUAGAAACAAACUCACUACCUGCAAUCAUGACAGAAAAUGUAAGCUCAAGGAUGGACACCCCAACCAACAUUUCCUUGGUGGGCCCAGGGGACCCCAUAUCCCAGUCUCUGGAGUAUAAGACUGUGGCAGUGUUCCUGGUUCUGCUGGUCUGUGGACUUGGCAUUGUGGGUAAUAUCAUGGUGGUUCUGGUGGUCCUCACCACGCGACACAUGCGUACGCCCACCAACUGCUACCUGGUCAGCCUGGCCAUAGCGGACCUGACUGUGCUGGUGGCCGCUGGUCUGCCUAAUGUGUCAGACAGCCUGAUGGGCACCUGGGUGUUUGGGCAUGCUGGCUGCCUUGGUAUCACCUACCUCCAGUAUCUUGGCAUCAAUGUGUCCUCCUGCUCCAUCACAGCCUUCACUGUGGAGAGGUACAUUGCUAUCUGCCACCCAAUGAGGGCCCAGACAGUGUGUACGUUGUCCCGGGCCAAGCGGAUCAUAGCAGGGGUGUGGGUGUUAACCUGUGUCUACUGCAUGCUGUGGUUCUUCCUGGUGGACAUCCAGGUAAUGAAGGACAGCACCAUCCAGUGUGGCUACAAGGUGUCCCGUGACCUCUACCUCCCCAUUUACCUCAUUGACUUUGCCAUCUUCUACGUGAUCCCUCUGCUCCUGGCCAUAGUCCUGUACGGCCUCAUCGCCCGCGUCCUGUACCUCAACCAACUCCCCAACCGGCCCGAUGCGGGUACAGUCUCUGCUGGCACCACCACGCUCCGCAGGAGCUGCAAGGAACCAGCAGACGAAGGAAAAGGGGGUCGUCAGGGCCGCCCGAAGAGUGUGCUCUUCUCCAGGAAACAGGUCACUAAGAUGCUGUCAGUGGUGGUGAUCCUGUUCGCCUUACUGUGGAUGCCCUACCGGACCUUGGUCCUUAUUAACUCCUUCGUUGACACACCUUACCUGGACGCCUGGUUUGUACUGUUCUGUCGGAUUUGUAUGUAUGCCAACAGUGCCAUCAACCCUGUAGUGUACAACCUGAUGUCUCAGAAGUUCCGUUCAGCAUUCCGCGGGCUCUCCCAGUGCCAGAGGCAGGAGGCCCACUGUACACUCUCCAUGAACCAAACCGGGUACAGCAUGGCCAGGGACCCACGCACCUCCCAACAGACUAGCAACGAGACCAAACAGGGGGCAAGGAGAGUGACCUGCACUGACACAGUGACAGAGUGGCAGAGCAAAGACACCUCCUCAGCCCAAGAGAGGAAGGAUCUGGAUCACCUGAAGGAAGAGAGGAAAGACACAAGCUUUGUUGAGAUCAACACACCUGGGCAAUCUGAGACCAACUCCACACCUGGGCAAUCUGAGACCAACUCCACACCUGGGCAAUCUGAGACCAACUCCACACCUGGGCAAUCUGAGACCAACUCCACACCUGGGCAAUCUGAGACCAACUCCACACCUGGGCAAUCUGAGACUAACUCCACACCUGGGCAAUCUGAGACCAACUCCACAUCUGGGCAAACUGAGAUCAAAGCCACACCUGGGCAACCUGAGAUGAAUGAGGCAGGAAUUAAUCACACAGUGCUGUAGAUAAAACAAGCUUGUUUUAACAUGAGGAAGUGAGUAUUCUUCGUUCGCCAAUCCAAACAAAUUUUGGUAACAUAUCAAGCCCUUUAGGGCAAGGUUUCUUAAACUAUGGGUUGGGACUCAAAGUGGGUCCUGGGCAUUAUACAUCUACGUAUAUACAGUAAUUCUUCUUUUAAUUUGAGUUGGUGAAGGAUGAUUUGAGUAACAUGAGGACGGUCAAUUUCUGACUUGGGUUUCGAGCUGAAAAAGUUUUAAAAACCCUGCUUUAUGGUAUUGCAGGAUGCAUUAGAAUGGAAAAGUUAUCCAUAUCAUUACCAUUGAAUAAGCACUAUCACCUAUUGCAGAAUGAAAAGAUUCAGGCAAUUAACAGUAUUAUAAUUUAGGAUUCUGGGUUUUUGGCUGAUUGUAAAAACCAUAAUCAACACCAAACUCCUCUGCAGAGUGUUAUGGGUCACUCCCAAGGAUCACUGCAGGGCUACUCUGCUCUUGUUAGUGCAUUUCAUUAGGUACGCUUCUCAUUAGGUUGUUACACUCAGAGGGAAAGAGGAAUAACAUGAUGUUCAGAGAGAGCGCACUGACUGCCUUUAAAGGGCAAUUUCACCACUUUUCAACCUAAUUUUCAUUAUUCCAAGCACAAUACCAGUGUCUACAUAUGUGAAAACAACACAUUUCUAAGUUUGAUAUAAAAAAAAAUAUAAAGCUAAAAAGUUCUACCCCUUGACUCAGGGACAACACUGUACAGCAGCACCAUUUGUUCUGCACAAAAGCCCCAGCUCAGAGCAUAGGAUAUUUUGCUAUCAUUUUACCUCCACUUUGCCAAGAGAUUAAUUUGAAUGUUCUGGGCCACGUGAGAAAGUUGGAAUGGGUGGGGUAACCGGAGUUAGUGAUCCAUUAAUUUGUGGCUGAAUGGUAUUCAACAAAAACAACCAGAGUAUACAAAUGCCCAUAGAUGUUUAACGUUUGUGUUAAUAUCUGGAUUAACGGAUAAAAUUAUCCAUUAACAAUGUUUGGAGAAGUGGGGAUUUUAGGAUGCUGGCCUUUGAUUCAAAGUGGUUCACCACGCAGCGAAAAUUAGUUCAAGUCGUUGCAUUAUUGAAAGAGUGGAUCAUCUUCUACACAUCCACACCUCAUGAUGAGUCAUGGUCCCAGCCCAGGCUGAGUCUCUUUCAAAUUGCUCCUUAACAUUACAGAUCCUGAAUAAAAGGGGAAUGUGUGCAAUUAACUAAUACUGUAAUGAGAAUCCCACUUUAGUUUCAAUAAUUUCUAGCUAGUAGCAAUCGAGAUAUGAGUAAGCUCUGUCAAUAUGAGUAAGCUUUGCAGCUUUUUACUACGGAUAGUUAUAGUGCCAGAGAGUUAUGGAUGAUCUGUGCCAUUGUAUUUUUCCUGCCAGAUGUCUACAGGUGGCUGACUGUGGCUCCCUCAAUGCCUGAGUGUCUGUAUUUACUAUAGACAGUCCAGCCAACUCUGAUCGCUCCCUGUAGUGCAGUUGCGCAGGAUGGAGAUACAUGACCUAUAUGGUUGUAGUCACUGUUGUGAGACGGUUCCUGUACUAGAUUGGGAACAGGAGCAGAAAUGUAAUAUAAUGUACAUUUAGGAAAUUGGAGUAAAAUACUGAAUACAUGCUAGGUGUUUUAUUUGAAUGUUUGUAAAUGAUUUUAGGUGGUAGAUCAGCUUUAAUAUUUCAGAUAUUUUGUGGCUUCUAUCAAUGUAGUUGUUUGCAUUAUUUCCAAUCCCCCAAAUAUUUAUUUCUUAUUUUUUUUAUAUAUUUUCCUUUAUUAUUUUCCCCUAACCCUACCUCCCCUCCCCUAAUUGGAGUAAACUUAUGGACAACAAUACUUAGGCUUCUACUUCCAGCUUAUACAUACUAUAAACAUUUUAUGGACACGGGACACGGUACAUGGUACCUUUUACAUUAGUUAUAAAAACAGUUUUUACCCUUCAGCUACCAUCAACGUCUCCCAUCUAUCUCUAAAAACCAUCCAGCAUUACUAAAAGUACUAUUAUAUUAUUGAUUGACUGACCACCCAGCAGUGCUAUUUGCAAAGAUAGCUUCAAGUAAAUGUUGUGAUUUUUCAGCCAUUCCUGAACCUGCGACCAACAAAAAGCUACAUAUGGACAGUACCAAAACAAGUGAUCGAACGAUUCUGUCUCUUCGCAGCAAAAUCUACAGAGUAGGGAUGGUUGUAUCCCCCAUAAACAUAACAUUCUAUUGGUUGUAAGAAUUUUAAAUAAUAAUUUUAAUUAUAAAAAUAAAAUAAAAACUCCAACAUUGUUUUGUGUAUCAGUUCAUAAACCCUGGCUGGCUACAUGUUACAUUGCUGAUUUCAACCCUGAAAAAUAUAUGUAAUCAUACGUUAAUGUCAGACAGACACAGGUGUCCCGGGUGAUCUUACAUGUGUUUCUCCAAUCCCAGUGGUCAUCAGACUAUUACGUUUUACUACGCAAAUAUGAACACCUGUAAGAGUAAAAGUAAGCCUAAUGGUCUGCAUGUACAGAUCUGCUAUCUUAAUUGUAUCACUCUGUUUAGUGAAGUGUAUUCAAGGUUUACAAAGGCUUCUAAUAUUUGUAAUUUCCACUUUAAAAAUGUCAGACUUGAUUUUUCCUAAUGAAAAAUGUAUCAACCCCGACAAAAAUGUCAAUUUAUUAUAAUCUUCAUAAUAAUUCACAUUUCCUGUUGCUGCAGGAUUAUUUGCCUGCUGUGAGAAGCAGGGUCAAAUUAAGAUACUGCAUCUGUAUAACCCUGGAUCUCCUGAAAACAAAAAAACAAAAUUAAUGAGUAUAAUGGAGGGAGUUGAAUGCAGUUCAAGGUACCACUUGUGUGGAGGUGAUGUGGGAACACACGUGAUUAAUUUCAAAGCUCUAACAAUGUGCUAUUCAUUUUUAGGGGGACAAAUAAGCCUUAAAGCUAAAAUCCUUAAUUGAAACAAUAACUAAGCGUUAUCCCUGUGGACAUCGGAGGGUUGUAGUUAAGGGCAGAAUGAAUGCUGGAUUAGCCACUGUGGGUGAAGACCUAGCACUUGAAGAAAGAGGAAAUUAGCGAUAUAUGUAUAACUAUUUAACUACAGGUAGUGUAGAUGUGAGCGAAAAUAGCUGUAAGUAGUAGUAUAAGUAUUGUUGUUUGCUAGUUUAAUCCAAUCAGGGUAGGGAUGGUAGGGUUAGAGGGGAAAAGGUAUAGAGAUGUUUUUUUAUGAGGGGAUUAGAAAUGAUACAAACAAUUAAAUUGAUAGAACCUACAAUAUAUCUGCAAUAUUAAAGGAUAUAUACCCCCCCAAAAAAAGAAAAGAAAGAAAGAAAGGCAAAUAAUAAAUUAAGUGCUAUCCCUUCCCCUGUUUUGCUAAAAAGUUAAGGGAUGGGGCUGGAGAAAGGUAACACUCAAAUACAUAGACAGAGCUAUGGAAGCAAGGACUGACCAUCCAUGAUAUCAAAUGUAGAGUUUGAUAUCAAUACCGUGUUUGUUUACAUGUACGUUAUUUACAAACAUGGGAGUAAAACAAGGGUAUACUUUGUUCUGAUGGGGUACGACAGUUGAACUAAGUUCAUGAGGCAUUUAUAAAUUAUAUUCUUCAACAAGUCAAAAAUGUAUGUAGCAACUAAGGAUUCUAGCUUGAAAGAAAAGCAUGUAUCCAUUCUCCCUACAUCAUUGAGAUAAAUCAAGAAUACUUGUGUCAUUUUUCCAAAAAACUGUUAAAACAUAAUUAAUGUUGAUCAUGGAUUUGAAAAGUAAAACAUCAUUCUCUUUGUUAUGGCUAAUUAUAACAUUCUCCAACAUAACUGCCAAAGAAACAAGUGUGUGCUUUAACGAAACACUCUUUAUCUAACUGCUUACUCAGUUUAUUGAUUUGAUGAUAUGAUUUUGUAGCAUUAUUUGUACUCUAAAAAGCUGUAUAUUUUGGGCUGAUUUGAUUUUGUUACUAUUAUUGGGAGCUAGAAAGCUUGCCACUUUGAUAUUGCAUCAUCGGUGCGCUGUAAACUCAAGCUUAGAAUUGUAUUUGAUUUGAAAGUGCUAUAAAGAAAUGCUAAACUCAUGAUUGUAAUGAUAAAUAAGAUAUGUACUGGUGUGUGGUGUACAGUAUAUGCAUGUGCAGUAAGUAUAGUGUUGUGUUUACAAUUUUGCCAAAAUGUAAUAAAUGAAUUUUGUUUGUCAGCUAUAUCAUUAUUCCUUAAUGCCUUUGUUUCACCAUAAGCAUCUUGAAGGAAAAAUAUUCUGGAAAGUACAACCCAGUACCUUUUGCAAUGCUCUGGUUCUGAAAUUAAACUUGCAUUCCAGUCAUGUUUUCA